CAACGUCAGUGCAUUAAUUCGAGGCAGUGUUGUUUGAUGUGUUGAUUUGCUUUACUCCUUUCUCAUUUCACUACCACCGACAAAUAGACAUGAUGGAAUCUUUCCAAAGAAAUCAGCAAAGGUCUGUACCUGGUGGCGUACGUGGUGACAACAUUCGACCGAUGCCCAUGCCAAUGCCGAUGCCUCAACCUGUACAACCUCAACCUAAUCAAAAUGUUGUAGAUUUGACCAAAGAUGAUGGCCAGCAACCUUUGCCUUCCUCUCGCUAUUUGCAAUCACAGACAGGCAGGCCCACUCCUGGACCAAUAGCUUUCAAAAGAUCUACCGGUAUGAGCAAUCCGAACAACCCCAAUAGACCACAACCACAAGGACGCCAAUUGCCUCCAAAGAAUAAACAUGCUGAGCCGUCUAAGAUUCGAAUGAUCGAUACAACAACAAAUAAACCAUCUGAAAAGGGGUCGAACUGGGAUGCUUUUACCGACUCUCAACCUUCAUCGCAGUCAAACUCUCAGCAGCGUCAUAGUGCACGUCAAUUCAUGCGCGAUGGAGCAGAAGUGGUCAAGCAUGCACUCAAAGAUGGAUUUGCUCGUGCGCAACUUGCCUUAGAACAGGCCAAUCACGGUCAGGCAAAAAACCCUCGCCCUUUGCCGUACUCCAAUGGAGGAUAUCGUCCCAAUCACAGUAGCCAGAAUGGCAAUGCAUUCAUCGUGAAUGAUGAUGACGUCGAUGAUGAUCCAUUACCUUCUACAUUUGGAGGUUCCACUAUGACAGCUGAAGAGAGAGAUCAACAACUUCAGGAUAUGUUGAACAGCAUGGUCCUUCCUCCAGAGCUUGGUGACAUUGACUUGGAAAAAGCAAGCAAUGUGAAAGGGUUGAGCUGCAAGUUAAUGCCUCAUCAAGUAGCUGGAUAUCUCUGGUUAAAAGGUCGCGAAGGUGGCAAACAUAAAGGCGGCAUAUUGGCAGACGAUAUGGGUUUAGGAAAGACUGUUCAAAUGCUGGCUCUGAUCGUUGGAAAUUCGCCAAAUAGCGAAGAUACGACAAUUACAAAAAUUCGCAUAGAGCCUGAAAAGACGACAAAGAAGAGCAAAAAGAAAGUCGUACCUGAUUCGGAUGACGCACCUGUAAAAGAAGAAUCAGUUGAGAUCAAAAGCAAGCAAACAUUGAUCAUUGCACCUCUUGCUGUGAUUCGACAAUGGGAACGUGAAAUUAAAGAGAAAACGUCGCCUCCGCUCAAGGUUCUCGUGCAUCAUGGAGCAACCAGAACGAAAACAGCAGAUGCAUUCAAACGUUAUGAUGUUGUGAUUACAACAUACCCCACAAUUGCGUCAGAAUGGAACAAUGUUGCGGGAGUGGAAAAGCCCAAGAAGAAAGGUCAACAAAAGAAGAAUGUCGUACCGGAUUCGUCUGAGGAGGAUGAGAGUGAAUCUGAUGAUCAAGACAGUGAUGAUUCUUUUGAGGUGAUAGAUGCAAAGAAGAAGAAAGCCGCCAAAGCACCAGUCAAGAAGUUACCUCCUGCUCCUCUUUUCGACCAUGACUGGCUGCGUGUUGUAUUGGAUGAAGCACAAAAUAUCAAAAAUCAUCGAACAAAAGCGUCUAGCGCUUGCUCGGCUCUCUCCAAACGUGCUCUGUCGAAAUGGUGCUUGUCUGGAACACCAAUUCAGAAUGAAGCUUUGGAAAUGUUCAGUUUGAUUCGUUUCUUGGGCAUUCCGCCAUUUGAUGAGUAUGGACACUUCCGCGAAAAGAUUUCUGAUCCUCUCAAAAGUACGAAUCAAAAUCGUGUCACUUGGGGAAUGAAGAGAUUAUGUGCAGUGUUGACAACAAUCAUGCUGAGACGAACAAAGGAUACGAAGCAUGACGGUAAACCGAUUUUAAACCUUCCAGAUCGACAUGUAGAAGUCAUUUCAACAGACUUUGAAGAUCACAAAGAGAGAGACUUCUAUAACGAUUUGGAAAAUCAAGUGAAGCGUAACUUGGAAGAAGCUGAGGGAGCCGGAACAAAGGUGAAUCAUAUGGUGACCUUAUUGAUGUUGUUACGUCUUCGUCAAGCAUGUAGCCAUCCUUCACUUGUGAACCGUAAUGUUCGAGUGGAUGCAGGUGCAGCAAAUGGACCUGCAAUCCAGGCAAAAGCAGACGGACAAGGAGAAGAGCAAAAGGUGGAUGAUGACGACGAUGGUUUGACUGAGCUUUUGGCAGGUUUGUCAGUUGCGUCAAAGCGUUGUGACAGAUGUCAAAAAGAAAUGACACGCGAAGAGAUCGCCAAAGGUGGCGAGCAUUGCAGAGUUUGUCAAGAUAGAAUCCAAGCGGAAAAGAUGCAAGGUGGAGGAAAAUCUGCUUGGACAGGAAAAAGCUCUACGAAGAUUCGAACGAUGUUGCGUUUACUGAACACGAUUCGUGAAGAAGGAGAUGAGAAGACGAUUGUGUUUAGUCAAUUCACAUCUUUCUUGGAUCUUGUGGAACCAUUCUUGCGAGAAGAAGGACACAAGUUUGUUCGAUACGAUGGAUCACUGAAACCCGAAGAACGUGAACGUGCUUUGGACCGUAUUCGAUCUGAUCCAAGUAUUCGAUUGAUUUUAAUUUCUUUCAAGGCUGGUAACGUUGGGUUAAAUUUGACAUGUUGUUCGCGUGUAAUUUUGAUGGAUUUAUGGUGGAAUCCAAUGUUGGAAGCACAAUCUAUCGAUCGAGCCCAUCGAUUGGGUCAACAACGCAAUGUGCAUGUAUACAAGCUCGUCAUCAAUGAUUCUGUGGAGGAGAGAAUUUUGGCUUUGCAAGACAAGAAACGAGCAUUAGCAGAAGCUGCUUUGGAAGGCAGUAAAUUAUCCAAAGCAAACAAGUUGGACCGCAAAGAGCUCAUGUAUCUGUUCUCUGGAGGGCCAGUCUCUUAGUCUGAGAGGUGACUGUAUAUAUAUCUCACUUUCUAUUUCACUUGUAUCAUAUCAUAUAUAUACCCCUGUUCUAGAGAAAAUCUUCACGUUAUGUUCAUUC